GUCUAAUUAAUACUCCGGGCAGAAGGUGGCGGUAAUGAAACAAUUAAGUAGAUAACCUAUCUUCAAAACAAAGAAAAUGGCUGCGCGCAUGAGAUGGAGUCUUCUACAGUUGAUACGGUCACGAAAUACAACAGUGACAACACACGUUAGGUGUCCAGUCAACACGAAAAUCCAUUGUUACUCACAAUUAAUUGGCCAGAGUUUAAGAAAAGUUCUUCAUGGACCAGUGUCAGAUUUUGGGCCUACACAACUGUUAGUUCGACAUUUGUCUAUUCAGACACAGGACACUCCAAACCCUAGAAGCUUGAAGUUUCUCCCUGGUAAACCAGUGUUGGGGACAGGAACACUGGAUUUCCCUACUCCACAGAAUGCAGAAUGCUCAUCUUUAGCCAAGGAUCUCUUUGAAAUUGAAGGUGUAAAAAGUGUGUUCUUUGGCCCUGACUUCAUUACAGUCACAAAGGCAGAUGAUGAUGUGGAAUGGACUGACAUUAAGCGUCAUGCUGUGGAGGCCAUAACCAAGUUUUUUGAUAGCGGAGCCCCAAUAACCACAGGGGUGAGCCACCAUGAGAGUAGUCACUCAGAAGAUGAUGAUGAAAUUGUUUCCAUUAUUAAGGAGCUUCUAGAUACGAGAAUCAGACCAACAGUGCAGGAGGAUGGGGGUGAUGUCAUCUUUAAGGGCUUUGAAGAUGGCACAGUGAAGCUGAAGCUGGUGGGGUCCUGUACUGGCUGCCCCAGCUCAUCAGUCACCCUGAGAAAUGGCAUCCAGAACAUGCUUCAGUUCUACAUCCCAGAGGUGGACGAUGUGGAGCAGGUGGAAGAUGAAGUGGAUGAAGUCAAUGCAAAAGUUUUCUCAGAGUUGGAGCGGAAAUUACAUGAUUCAUAAAGCUGCCUGCUGCCCCCUGUUCCCUUACCCACAUAUUACUGGUGAUACAUAUAUUGUUAAUGAACAGCCUAUUUAAUACAAACCAAUAACACAAUUUUCUGCUGUAUCUACUUUAGUGCAAAGUAAAAUUGAGAGAUUAGAAUAUUCACCUUCACAUCUACUUGUUAGUGGCCAUUUGUUUCAAAUGUAUGUGAAUAUACUCCAUGUAAUGUGUGUGCACUCUAGGCUACACAGCAACACAAAAUUCCAAUAGAAAAUGUUCAGCAUUACUGUACAUUUGGAAACAUAUCUUGUAUUUAUUUCUAUAAAAUAUUACAAACAUGUCUAAUGACAGGAACAUUGUGGGUCCCGUCUGUUGCUCUGCCAAGAAACCAAUAGCAUCCCUGCUGCCCUCUUUAAUAUAUUUGUAUUAAUGCAUUCUAAUGAAAACUUGGCAUUGUGGUUUUACUGUGGGGUAACAGGUUUGCUUUGUGAAAACAUGGACUUAGAGAUGACUUGGACUGAAGAUUGAAAACACACCUUAUUGAAUGUAUAUAAUACACUAGUUCACUUUACCCAUUCAUAUUCCUUUCUAGAGGUUAACAUCUUAAUUAUCUUUAUCCCCCAAAUAAUAUACAAUGGUUAUUUGUUGUAAUUGUAAAAUCAGUUAAGUUGUAUGAGACUGUCUCCAAAAUGUGAAUAAAUUGAGUGUAACAUCUA